AUGUCGCUGCCGUCGUCAAAACCCGGCGGCGUGCCUCUCCAAAAAUCCAUACGCUCCUUUUUCCAACCACCCAAAGCGCCCUCUUAUAACCCUCCUCCGUCAUCAACUACCACAACCACCGCUCCGACACCCUCAUCACAACUCCCUAUACCUCCGCCGUUAACCUCCACGACGCGUCCUUCUCUUCCACUCAACGCCACGAUCCGCGCCAUCGAGCCCUCUGACAUUCCCUCCCUGCGCCGUCUCAACGCCCUCCUUCUCCCCGUCGCCUUCCCCGACAGCUUUUACGCCGCCGCUCUCGACCCCGCGCUCUCGCACGGAUGCUCCCGCGUCAUCACCUGGGCCGGUGACGGCAACGGUCUCCCCGAGGAGCCCAAAAUUGUAGGCGCCAUUGUCUGCAUCCUCGAGCCGCCGUCGCCGUCCACUACCGCCGCUGCCACACAAAACCUCUACAUCCGCAGCCUCGGCGUUCUCGCGCCUUAUCGCGCGCUUGGCCUCGCCAACGCUGCCCUCGACGACAUACUCACCCACGCCGCCUCGACGGUCUCCCUCGGCAGCGUCACCGCCCACGUGUGGACCGAAAACGAACAAGGCCUUGCGUGGUACCGCCGGCGCGGCUUCCAGCCCGUCGGCGACCCGAUCGGAGGCUACUACCGCCGUCUGCGGCCUGACUCUGCGGUUCUUGUCUUGCGGCCCGUCCGCGCCGGCGGUGUCCUCCAAGCCGUGCAAUCCCAGAACAAAAAUUCCGCCACCGAAACCGCGAGUCCAGAGCCGCCGAAACAGAUGCCGCCCAGCGCGGCAUCAGCCCUCGUGAGUCCGCCACCAAAAACAUCCGCCAACCUCAACAGCGAUGCACGCCCACCGCCGCCCCGGGGUGGGUCGUAUCAGAACCAGCGGUCUGAGAUGGAGUGGAACGACCUGCCCGUGGACAUGACGCUACCGUUGCCGCCGCCGCGGCGGAAUUUGGCCGGCGGGAGCGAGCCCGGGUCGGGGGCGGCGUCGGGAGCGAGUUCGCGCAGCAGCUCGAGCGCGGCGACCAAGAAGAAGCGAGAUCGGUCCUAUCCGGCCGCAGCUUUUGGAAGCUAG